AUGGAAAACAGAAUUGAAGAAGGCCAAGAAGUUUCGUGGAGGUGGGGAGGCGGGAAUGCAUCCGGAAAGGUGGAUGAGAUCGUCGAGGAGGGUAAAGCUAAAGUAACGAGCAAUAAGGGCAAUACAGUAACUCGCAUUGCGAGAACGGGAGACCCUGCUGUGAAGAUUACUCGUGAAGGAAAUGAUGUCGUCAAACUGGCGCAUGAACUCAAGGAGGUCAAGGAAGAAAAAUAG